AUGAAUAUUAAUGCAUGGCUUCACUUGAGUUUAUUUUUAUUAUUUGGUGCACUUUCAAUAGCUUCACUUUAUAAUUUGAUGAGUGAAGAUGAUCUACCAAGUUUAAUCGACGCAGAAAUUUUGUACUUGGAUACAAGCAUUAGUGAAUCAUUAAGAAUGGAUAUUGACAAUUUGUCAGGAAAUAAUCAAGGACAAAUAAGGGAUAUAUCAGUAAUGACUAGUACAAAAAAGAGUAAGAAUCAACCACAAUUGUGGAAUGCAAUAAAACGAAGAGUUGCCAAAUGGCAAGAUAUUCACAAUGAAAAUAUAAGUAAUAAUACAGAAAGUAAUUUUGGUAUGGACUUGUAUCAAAAUAAUUUUAUGAAGCUUGAUAUACAAGACUAUGGUCAUAAUAUUAUAUUGAUGCCAAGUACAUAUAGCAAUCGUUUUAAGAAAGUAUUCAAAAAAUUAACAAGAAUAUUUCAACAUAAUUUAAUAUAUAGCAAAAUUUCUACUUCUGGAAAUAGUAAAUUUCAGAAUAGUUUAGAGAAUAUAGAGACGGAAAUUCUUAAUUUUAAUGAAUACUUAAAUAAUAAGACAAGUGAAUUUUUUACAAUAGAUGAAUGUACCGUAGAAAGAAAAUCACAAUGUAUUUUGAGGGUUGACAAAGACUAUCGCUAUGUUUAUUUAUUUGUAUUAACUAGGAAUGGCUACUCAAAUAAAAAUUUGAAUGGUGCCACCUCGGAUAAUGAGAAUAAAUCAACAAUGAGAAUCUAUAGGAAAUCAUUAAGAGAAGUUUUAGCUUUUUCAACGAUAAAAUUAUUAACUUCUUCAAUUUCUAAUGAUCCUUCAAUUUUUCCCCCUAAUAUUAUUACUGAAUUAAUAUCUUAUAAUACAAUGAAUUAUCCUAAUCGAAAUUAUAAUCAAACAGCUCCCUUUACAAGGUUUCUAUGGGAUUUAUAUGUUUCUGAAGCAGAUGAACACUUUUUUCAACAAUAUAGAGAAUUGGAGUAUAGCUAUCUUAAGAAAUUUAAAAAUUUGAAUUAUUCUGAAUUAAGAAAAUAUACUAACUAUAGAUAUUCGAAAUCAGGAGUUUUUGAGAAUAGUAAAAUUUUAUUAAAAAAUGAGUCAAUUGCCUUUGAAAGUGUUGAUAAUUUCUUAAGGCAACUUUCUUUUAUUUGCAAAUCUAGGGAAUUUUCACUGGCUUGUGAUAUUUUGCUAAAUAUAGAUUCUCAAAAUUUAAAUAAUAAGAAAAUUUUUGAUGAAGAUAUUUCAAAAUUAUUUAAUAAUAUAGAACAAAAAUCAUCAAAUAUUAUAGUAAGUAUAUCUGCAUGGCUAGCAAGAUUUUCUGAUGAGGACCUUCUUAAAGUACAUGAAGAUAAGGCAGUAAAAAUAAUGUAUCAAAAUUACUUAAAUACUAAAAUUCAACUUAGGCUUCUUCUAUAUCUAUUUGAAAGGCGUAAUAGUAAUUUAGAAGUUGGUAAUUCUGGAAGACUGAAACUCUUAUUUAAAAAUCUUAUAUCAUUAUACCGAUGGAUGGUGAGAUUAUUUUGGAGUUAUCAAGAGUUAGCUAAGAGCCUUAUUUUGUAUAAUUAUACUAUAUGUGAAAAUAUCUUUUUAAAGCUAAUUUACAGGCUAAAAAGAAGCUUUAUUACUAGAAUAUAUAAGUGGCUUGUAUAUUUAUCAGAUUUAUCAAUAUAUGAUGAUGUAAUAAGUGAAUUUGAACAAUCUAUUGUUUUAUCAAAUUCCUUUUAUAAUAGAUGUACUGCUUCAAUAAAAAUAUUUGAAAAUAAAAUUAUGGGUGUAUGCCCAAUAUACUAUGGAAAUAAUGAGCAAACAUCUGGAAUUUAUAAAGAUUAUGUAAAGUGUUUUCCUAGUAGUUGGUUGAUACAACUUAGUAAUUUUAAACUAUAUGAAGGCUUAUCUAUUAAAAUUCUUCGGUAUCUUGGGUGGAUCCUAAAUCUUAAUUAUUUUUUACGUUGGACCCACAAGGGUAUUGGACGACAUAUAAGAUUUGAUAUAUCAUCAGAAUCAGAUUCAAUCAAAACUGGCUCUGAUUAUAAGAAUGACCCUGUAGUAUUGCUAUAUGAUUUAAUUUAUUUUCUAUCUAGAUCAAAAUGCAACAAUGAUAAGAAGUGGGAAAUGAUAAUGGAGAGAUCUAUUGAAAGUCAACAAGUUACUAUGUAUGUAGACAAGUCAACACUGAAAACUGCUAUUGUAUAUAGAAAGAUUGUAGACCAGUCAGCUCAGUGGUUUUUAUCUAUGUAUAAUAUUUACAAUGAAAAGGGAGAAGUUAAUAAUGGUACUCAUUUAAAUAAUCAUAUGCUCUUCAGAUUUCCAGGUAAUACGGAUGUAACUGCGUUUUCAAUGGGAUCACGAAGAAUAUAUUAUAGUAGACACAGUGAUAUAUUCACCUUCAGAAGAACUGUAACAUACGACAUGCUUAGAGAUAUAUAUGAAAAAUCAUUAAGUAACACUACAUGUAGAAAUACAAAUGGGAUUCUUAUUGAAGAAUCAUGCCUGGUACCAGAACUACCUAUUGAGACAGAUGGACCAAAAGUAAAUAGAUCUAAUAGUUUUUCUUCAGAUAUUAUUCUAUUACAAUCUUUUAAUUUCUCAAGUAAAAUAGGAGCAAGCUCUAUUAAUACUAAAAGUCCUGAUAUUCCAAAUUCAUCAAUAAAGAAUGAGUUACUUGAUCAGGAAUCUGUGUUAGCAAUUCAGAUUGAAUCUAACAAAGUUGGACUUGUACAUCAUAUUAAGACAUUCCAUCUUGAUGAGUCAAAGUCUUCAAUAAAUACUGUUUGGUAUGAAAGUUAUCCAUUAAUAAGGCAUAUGUUUAUUUUCCCUAAAUCCAUUUCUACAGAUAAAUUACAAUUCAUUGAAUAUUCUGAUAACUGUGAAGAUUUAUCAUCUUGCCUAUAUACUAAAUCAAAAAAUAGAGUUUAUAGUGCAAAUGAUGAUAGAGUUGUACGAUAUCCUCUACUUGAUAUUACUAGAGAUUUUGGUUAUAUUGUUUAUGCCUACCUGUUUUUUAUAGGAGCUGUAAAUCUAAAAGGAAAUACAAAUACCAAAUCUAAAUCUCUUAUUGAAUUAUCCCAAGCAAAUUUUAAUGCAUCACAAUAUGAUGCAAUUUUAAAAGAUAGCAAAAUUUCACGUGUAUUUGACAAAUAUUGGUCAUAUACAAAAGAUUUAUCAUCAAUAGCCAUAUCUCAUGAUGGAAGAGCUGUAGCAAUGAUAACAGAACAUAGAAGAUUAUUUGUUCAAAUUCAAAGACAAAAUAGAUGGAUGCAACCUUAUGAACUAAAACCAAUUCCAUAUGAACAUCAAGAUCUUAGUAAAUCUUCAGCUAUUAAAAGAAGAAUUAUUGAUGUUUCCUUUUUACCAAUUAAUUCAUUUGGUAGAGAUGAUUGUCAAAAUAUUACUGAUAAAUGGUCUAAUCCUAUAUAUCUUCUUGUGUUAUAUGAAGGAGGACACCUAUCACUUAUGAGAAUUCGGCCACAAAGAACUGGAUGGUUUUGGAUAGAUUUAGGCUAUGAGUAUAGAAUUAUUCUAAUGCAAGUUUUAUUUUACACGUGUCUUAUUUUUUGGGACAGACUGAAGAAAUGUCUAAAUUCAGAUGAGGCUGAAAGAUGCGAAACUGGAAAUCUUGAAAAUACAAAUAACAGAACUAUUAACUAA